UUCAGUUCCAUCCGUAGCAGGCAGCUAGUCGACUGCGCCGUACUGCGGUAAAACGGUCCUGUCACUAAGUUCAUUGUUGUUCUGCGUAUUAGUGCGACUAUUCCUUUACUAAGGAUAUCUGUGAUCUAUUAAACCAAGUGACUCUCCGCCGUCUACCCCGAACCUACAUUUAAAACAAAAUGGCAGCCGUGGAAGGCGUAGGGCAGGGCACCGAGCUCGAACAAGUACAGGCCAAAUCCAGAGAUGUCGCCAACAAGUCGUUGGAAACCACCCGCCGCCUGUUGGCGCUCACCGAAGAGAGCAAGGAAGCGGGCAUAAAAUGCCUUGUCGCUCUUGACGACCAGGGAGAGCAACUGGAUAACAUCGAGAAGGGGAUGAACACCGUGCAUACCGACAUGCACCAAGCUGAGAAGAGUCUCAAGGAGAUGGAAAAGUGGUGCGGGCUCUGCACACUUCCCUGGAAAAAAGGUCCUGCUAAAAAGAAGACGGACAACGACGUUUGGACCGGCAAGAACGAGGGUAAAGUGGUCAACAACCAACCGCAGCGAGUGAUGACCGACGAGCGAAACGGCUGUGGGCCUAUGACCGGAUACAUUGGCAGGAUAACAAACGACGCCCUGGAAGACGAGAUGGAGGAGUGCAUGGUGCAGGUGAACACCAACAUCGGAAAUCUGAGGAACAUGGCUCUCGACAUCGGAUCCGAGCUCUCCAACCAGAAUAACCAGAUCGAGCGCAUCCAGCGUAAGGCCGAUUCAAACGUGGACACUCUGAAGGACGCCAACGAGCGAGCGCACAAACUGAUGAAGAGUUAAACACUAUAUCUAUCGACAAUAAUUUCUUUAUAGAUAGGGUUGCAUAUUACCCUAUAUGUAGAAAACUAGCUAUAAUCGGAGCGCUGUGAUGCAUUAUACGAGUCUGGAUACAUACAACGAAAUUGAUACAUCCUUUGUUACCAUAGACAAAUGAACUAUUGAAAUACGGG